AUGCGAGGCGUCUUAGCUCUGGAAUCUCUCAAGGGAGUGUGGGCCCCAAAAGCGAUCCUCUACUUUAGAGAAAAGUUCCCUUCUGCGGGAUAUAAGGUUCUCAGAAGCGCAGAACGCUCUGUUAACUCUGAAGUACACCUGCGGUACCGAGGGGGCCCCGACGCACAGGGAGGGAAACCUGCCCGGGAACACGAGGGGCCGGGUCCAGAGGCCCUCGACACGCGGCCCCGAGCCCGAGCCCCGGACCUUACCGCCGCUGGGCUGCAGAGGACGAGGCUGCCACUCAGGGCGGUUCUUCCGAGCCUGGGGCGCGGCUUUGGCGCCGCCGUUCCUGUGGCGCCCGCGCUUGGCGGCGGCCGAGUCCCGGCGGACUCACACUGGGGGAAGGGGUGGGAGAUCCGCGGCCUGCCCGGCGAGGCCCUGGAGUUCGAGGCCGGGGGACGCCGACCGUGCAUGCGCCCGCGAGGCAGCCCAAAAAGGAAGGGUCAGAGCGCGCCCGCGUGCCGAGAAGCAGCGGCGGCUGCAGGCAGUCUCACCGACUGCCUCGUCUGCCCUCACCCAACCCAGCCGCGGCCCCGCUUCCCCCGCGCAAGCUUUGGCGGCGGAGCAGCACGGCACAACGAAACAAAAAUGGGCAAGACAGAAAAAAAAAAAAAAAAACAAAACCUCCACUCUCAAGAAACUCCGUCUAGCAGGAGAAAUGGAUUGUAAACCACUUCAGUACAAUGUGUAAACAACCAUGACAGACACACAGAGCACUUGCACCAAUCUGGGUAAG